AUGUCAGCGGCUCAAGGCCCUGAAGCGGCCUCACAGCCGCCUGCGCCUGCGCCUGCGCCUUCGCCGCCUACCCACGAGCAAUACCGCCAGCUCUACACCUCUCGCCAAUUCACGCUGCAGCUUGAGCUUGUCAACUCACUCGCAUCUCCAGCCUACCUGUACCACCUCACCCUCACUCCGCCGGGUCCCGGCCAAGUCGCGCCGCUCUCGCAGCCGACCUUUGUGCGCUAUCUAGCCCACAUCCACUCGAUCUGGUCGAAGCCAGAGUAUGCCAAGUUCGUGCAAUACCCCAAUGGACUGUACUUUUGCAGACUUCUCGUCGAGAGUCCGGAGUUUAGGCAGGCCGUAGGCAGUCAGGAGUGGGAGAAUGAAACUAGCGAGAGAUUGAUUGAGCAUUGGGCUAGUUGGAGGAGGGAGGGCGGCGCCGACGAGGCUGCCUGA